GGUCUUCUUUUACUCGGUUUGUACGUGCAGUUCUUUGGCAGCUCUGUUCCAUCAGAGCCAGAGCGCACCAGGAUGGGCGCUUUUCACAGGCUCCGGAUAUUAUGGUACUAUGUUUUUCUUGUUACAGCCAGGACAACAGUUUGGGGCUCAAACGUCUGCACUUCCAGAGGAGCCAGCACAUGCAAACAGUGUCUAGCUGUGCACCCCAGCUGUGCAUGGUGCGUUCAAGAGGAUUUUGGCCAUGGCGUUGUCACAUCAUCUCGCUGUGAUCUGAAGAGUAACUUGGUAGCAUCAGGAUGUGCUCCUUCUUCAAUCGAAUCUCCCAACAGUAAACUGCAGGUGAUGGAGGACAGGCCACUGAGUAACAAGGCAGCGGGCGCCACACAAGAAGUCACUCAAAUCAAACCCCAGAGACUCCACAUCACACUCAGACCGGAUGAUGCCAAGCGUUUCACAGUAAAAGUGCGUCAGGUGGAGGACUACCCUGUGGACCUGUACUAUCUGAUGGACCUGUCCUACUCCAUGAAUGAUGAUCUGUUUCGGCUCAGGACACUGGGCCGGGGUCUGGCUGAGGCGAUGAACCGGACCACCAGUAACCUCCGAAUGGGCUUUGGGGCAUUUGUGGACAAGCCGCUGUCUCCCUACAUGUACAUCUCACCCAAAGAGGCUGUGAAAAAUCCAUGCUACAGCAUCAACACCACCUGCCUACCCCAGUUCGGGUAUAAGCACGUGCUCUCUCUGACGGAGGAAGUGGGGCGCUUCACUGAGGAGGUGAAGAAGCAGAUGGUGUCCAGAAACAGAGAUGCCCCCGAGGGAGGCUUUGAUGCCAUCAUCCAGGCUGCUGUGUGCAAGGAGAAGAUUGGCUGGCGUCCCGGAGCCUCCCACCUCCUCAUCUUUACGUCAGACGCAAAGACUCAUGUGGCUUUGGACGGGCGCUUGGCAGGGAUUGUUCAACCCAAUGACGGGAAAUGCCACCUCAACUCUGAAAACAUGUACAGCAUGUCCACAACUAUGGAUUACCCAUCACUGGCCUUAAUUACAGAAAAGAUGUCAGAAAACAAUAUAAACCUCAUCUUUGCUGUCACCAACCCUGUGGUUCGUCUUUACCAGAACUACAGUGAACUGAUUCCUGGCACCACUGUAGGAACACUGUCCAAUGACUCGGGCAAUGUGAUCCAGCUCAUAUUAAAAGCCUAUGCUAAAAUCCGCUCCAAAGUGGAGUUGGAGCUUUUAGGUGUCCCAGAGGAGCUCUCCCUUUCCUUCAAUGCAACCUGUUUGAAUGGAGAGGUCAUUCCAGGUCUCAAGUCCUGCUCUGGCCUCAAGAUUGGAGAUACGGUCUCUUUCAGUGUGGAGGCCCGAGCUCGUGGGUGCCCCAAACAAAAGAAGAAGACCUUUAUUAUCAAACCUGUGGGCUUCAAAGACUCACUGUCCAUCACUGUCACCUUUGAGUGCGACUGCAAGUGUCAGGCCAAAGCCCAACCCAACAGCCCAAAAUGCCACUAUGGCAACGGCACGUUUGAGUGUGGCAUCUGCCAGUGCCACCCGGGCCGCCUGGGUCCCCACUGUGAGUGCGCUGAGGGGGACUAUAACCCCUCAGACCAGGACCGCUGCAGUGGGCCCUCAGCUGCCUCUGGGCCUCAGUCAGCCAUCUGCAGCGGGCGGGGGGACUGCGUCUGUGGCCAGUGCGUGUGCCAUAGCAAUGACUUUGGAAAAGUGUGGGGCAAGCUCUGUGAAUGUGAUGACUUCAACUGUCUGCGCUACAAAGGAGAACUCUGCUCAGGACACGGUGUAUGUAACUGCGGCUUCUGCCAGUGUGACCCGGACUGGCAGGGUGAAAACUGUAACUGCUCCAGACGCACUGACACCUGUAUGUCCAGUGUGGGCCUCCUCUGCAGUGGGAGGGGCCAGUGUGUGUGUGGUGCAUGUGAGUGCACCCAGCCUGGAGCAUAUGGGGCAACAUGUGACAAGUGCCCCACCUGCCCCGAUGCCUGCACUAUGAAAAAGGAGUGUGUGGAGUGUAGGCACUUUAAGAGGGGCCGGCUGUUUGAGGAUAACUCAUGCUCUCGAAUCUGCAAAGAUGACAUUCAACUUGUGGAUGAGAUAGUGCUUCAUGAUACAAAUGCUGUGAACUGUUCCUAUAAAGAUGAGAAUGACUGUGUGCAGCGAUUUCAGUACUAUGAGGACGCUAGUGGAAAAUCUAUUUUGUUUGUUGUUAAAGAGCCAGACUGUCCCAAGGGCCCAGACAUUUUGGUGGUCCUAUUGUCAGUGGCAGGGGCCAUCUUGUUCCUGGGCUUAGCUGCACUGCUUAUCUGGAAACUGCUGGUUACUAUUCACGACAGGAGGGAGUUUGCCAAAUUUGAAGAAGAGCGUGCACGGGCCAAAUGGGACACAGGACACAACCCUCUCUACAAAGGCGCUACUUCUACCUUCACCAAUAUCACAUACAGAGGAAAAGACUGAUGCUACUGAAGAACAGACUGAAACGUGCAGGCCUCUACUGUCACAAGAUCAUUAAUUAUAACAAUGCUGUGUGUAAAUAUGUAGAAAUUAAAGAGGACAUAUUUUGUGAACUGUCAACAGCUGGCCAUUUAAGGCUGACAAUGUAAAAACUAUAUAAAACAAUUUUAAC